AUGCACCUCUGGGAUGCCACCACGGGCGAUGUCGCCAGUUUCACUACCACGUUCACCUUUGACAUCAGCAGUAAUGUUGACAGUAACAAAAAUGGCAGUAGCAGCGAAGAUGGGUCCUCGUCGUGCUGUGACGGUCUGGCAUUCUUCCUGGCACCGCAAAACUACAGCAUCCCAGUGGGUGGGGGAGCCAGCGGAAGGUUGGGGCUUAUAUAUGCUAACCUCACCUAUGACUCCGCAUCAGAGAAUCCAUUUGUGGCUGUUGAGUUCGACACAUACAACAACGAGUGGGAUGCGUGGAACGACAGCAGCCAUCUCUACUUGGUCUAUGACUACAUGGAGAAUGGUAGUUUGGACAGUCAUCUAUUCGGUCAAGAGCCUGGCCAUCAACCGCUCACAUGGGAAAUCAGGUUCCGAAUCGCCAAGGAUUUGGGUUCGGGGCUACUUUACUUGCACGGAGGGUGCACUGAAUGCGUGCUGCAUAGGGACAUCAAGCCCGCUAAUGUUCUGCUGGAUUCUCGUUUCAGAGCCAAACUGUCUGAUUUCGGACUGGCUCGCGUGGUGGGACACGACGACCGUUCCCAGUCGUUGAUCUACGGGAGCGAGGGAUACCUGGCUCCCGAGGUUUUGGAGACUGGGAAGUCGACUAAAAGCUCCGACGUCUUCAGUUUUGGGGUGGUGGCUCUGCAAAUAGUUAGUGGGAAGUUGGCGUAUGUUAUCAACAAUUCAGCCCAACGUCGUCACAUUGUGGAGUGGGCAUGGGCCCUAUAUGGGGAGGGUCAUGUUGAAGCUGUAGUAGACCCUAAGCUAAAUGGUGUGUUUGUGGAGGAACAGGUCCGUCGUUUGUUGGAAGUGGGUCUUCACUGUGCUCACCCAGAUCCCUCCCGCCGGCCUCGGAUGAAGGACGCCAUGGAUGCACUGAACUUCAGGGAUCCAUUGGCAUUGGCCCCUCUGCCGUUGCAAUAUCCCACCAACCGUAGUUCCCAGGCCGACCUCCUCUCUUCGCUGUCGCGAAUCCUCGAAGAAUCGCCGACAGUUUCCUCAUUGCAGCAGCCAGUAUUAUCAUCAUCAGGAGUUGUUCCACCGCCACAUGAUCAGCCCGUCGCAAGUAUCGCUAGAGCUCGGGCAGCUGUUUCCCGGCUCCAUCGCACGGUCUAG